UGCAGUCUCCUCCACGCUGUGAGUGCGCAGCGCCUGGACAGAUUGGAUUUGGAACUUAACCCAACAUUGCAUGAACUUGCGUACCUUUACUGCUGUUUUCUCGGCCGUGAACGACCUUCAUAGUUCCGCUGUGGCUGUUUCCAGCAGAUAGUCCGACCCCGAAAACCGUGGGGACCAAAUAAGAAAGAAGCUGCGGGAGUGGCCUGGAAACCUUUGCCAUCAUGAGUAUGCAAACGGUCAACCUUGAUACCUACAGCCUGUCGCUGCUCACGGCCAAAGAGGACAUCCUCAACACCCGGUCCUCCACUAACUGGGCAUUAUUCACAUACGCUGGAGUCAGCAACAAGCUCAAACUGGCUGACUCAGGAGUGGGUGGUGUGGCAGAGUUGGCAGAAAAGUUUAAUGUGUCCAAGGCCCAGUAUGGACUGUGCAGAGUGGGAAGUGCGGAGACAGGAGGCCACCGGAUUGCUAUGAUCUUCUGGGUCGGCCAAAAUGUGGAUGACUACCGGAGGACAGAAUGUGCCAGCCACAUUCCAGCCAUCAAAAACUUCUUCAAGGAAGCACAUGCCUUCAUUAGGGCAGAGAAGGUGGAGGAUGUGACGGAGGAGAAUAUAAAAGGUGAACUCAGCAAGACCCAGGCCCAGGCUCCCUCACAAUGGGUGAGGAGGAGCUCCAGGUCUGUGGAAAAGGAGGACAUUGUGGGUACAAACUACAGAAAAACUAACGCUGCAAUGGAGAUGAGACUAAUCAACAGAGACUCCUUCUGGGCACGUGCAGAGCGUGAGGAAGAACAGAGGAAGGAAGAGGAGAGGAGACGAGCAUCAGAGGAGAGACGACGGCUUGAAAGAGAAAGAAUCUUAAAGGAUCGAAAAGAUGCAGAAGAGAGAGACAGAAAGAUGAAUGAGAAACUGCAGAUGAUUGAGGAGCAGAGAAGAAAGCAAGCAGAAAAAGAAGAAGCGCUGCGUAGAGAAGAAAAAUUAAGAUGGAAGCAGCAGCAGAGGGAGCAUGAGGAGGACAUGAGGGCUCGUCUGAGACGGAGUGAGUCCAUAGAGAAAGCAGCAGAGGCAGCAGUAUUAGUGUCCCAACGCUCCAUGAACCCUAGGGAGUUCUUCAGGCAGCUGUCAUCGACAUCACAAAGUCCAACCAGCCCUGGAUCCUCCCGUUCUGGCAAACCAUUCAGACGAUAUCAACGCAGCCUGACAGACACAGCUUUCAUCUUCUCUAAAACAGAGGAGAGUACGGCAUCCUCCCCUAGUUCUCCCCUGGUAUCCCCCUUCUCCCGGGCCUCACCCUCCCCCUUUUGCCGUUCCGCAUCUCCACCCAUAAGCCCUGAUUUCCGCCCUGUCACCUCUCCACAAAGGCCCAGAGCCCCCAUGUCACCACCCACAUCCCCACUUCGUUCUGCCCCUCAACUUUCAGCCCUGCCUGUAGUCCCACCACCUAACCACCAAGUUCAGCCUGCUGAUGAGCCCAGAGCUCCAUCACCCACAGAACCUUCUGCACCUCCAGCCUCCCCCAAUCUUUUGGCUUCCAUGUCCUCCAGUUACGAGAAAAACAACCCCUCUCAGUCACAUCUGGAUGAUCUGCCUGUUUUACCCCCAAAUACCCCAACUGAGCCAGAGCCCACAACUUUCUGCUUCGAGCCAGGUCUAACUCCACAGGCUCCAACAGCUCCUCUUCCUGAGAGACCACAGCCAAACACAGAACUACAUACAGCCCCACAUGUGCACACUGAGCUGGUCUCAGACACUGGCUACAAAGUGCAGGCCGUACUGAUAGAGGAGGAGGAGGAGGAGGAGGAAGAUGAAGUGGAGGUGAACGAGGAAGAAAAGGUCAGAACACAACCGCAGCAUUGUGUCUUCACUACAGAACCAGUCCAGACUGAGGUGGAGGAGCAGGAGCAGGCGGAGGAGAAGUAUGAUCAGGUAGAGGAGCAGGAGCAGGAGCAGGUGGAGAAAAAGUACGAUCAGGUGGAGGAGAAAUACGAUCAGGUGGAGAAGUACAAUCAGGUAGUGGAGCAGGAGCAGGUGGAGGAGCAGUUCGGUCAGAUGGAGGAGCAGUUCGGUCAGGUGGAGGAGCAGUUCGAUCAGGUGGAGGAGGAGUACGAUCAGGUGGAGGAGGAGUACGAUCAGGUAGAGGAAGAGACGAAUGAGCAGAAGGUGGAGGAGAAGGAUGUGCAGCAGCAGGAGGAGGAAGUGUUGGAGGAGGGAUCAAAACAGGACACUGAACAUGCAUCACUAAAGGAGCUUGUGGAGGUGCAACAGGAGGAAGAAAAAGAGGCAAAGGAAGAGAGAGAGUUGAUUGACCAAUCAGAAGACAGCUGGGCCCUUGCUCAACCUGCUGAGCUCUCAGAGAAAGAGAAAGAACCAGCAAUAAAAGAUGUCGAACCAAUUGGUCAAGAAAUCAAACAUGAGGUUGUGAUCCCAUCAACCAAUGGAAUCACAAAUGGAGACGACACACAGGAACAGAAUGGCAUAGAGCGAUCUUUGAGCCCAUCUGACACUGAACUCAGCUCCCCAGAGCUGGCUGUGUGCUACGAUCUCCAUGGCACAGCAGAGGAUGAUGACAUCAAUGAGGAUAAGGAACAGGAGAUCUCACAAAAUGGACAAGAGGUUUUAGCUGAGCGACAAAUAUGCGUCCGAGCUCUGUAUGACUACCAAGCAGAGGAUGAAUCUGAGAUCUCCUUUGAACCUGGUGACAUCAUCAGGGAUGUGGAAACGGUGGACAAAGCCUGGUGGAGGGGGUGGAGCAAAGAUGGUCGACAAGGCCUGUUCCCUGCCAAUUAUGUGGAAACCAUAUAGGCAGACACACACACACACACACACACACACACCCACAUGUACACACACACACACACACACACACACACACACACACACACACACACACACACACACACACACUCAGGGACACCUUCACCACUCACAUUCAUGCAUGCUUUUACCUUAAUCCUCCCACUGAAUCUUUGUAUUAUCUAUUUUGCAUAAAGAAAAA